CUAUCUCAUCGAUACCUUUUUCACUCUCCUUCCAGAUUAAAUGCCAUGGAAUCAUCCAGUCAUGGUGGUGGUGGAGGCGUUGGCGCCGGAGCAAUCACGGUCAGCCACGGCCCGUCUGCUACUCCGUCAUCCCUCGCGAUAACACCCUCUCCAUCGGUCGUAUCUCCAGUAUACAGGAAUCCGAUGCGACCGAAGGGCCAUUACCGGUCUUCAUCGCUGGAGAACAACCCGUUCCCGACUGGAACCGGAAAAUCCUCCCUCAGCUUAGUACAAACCAACUUUACCGGUACGCUCAAGUCUCGACGGGAGCAAAAACGAAUAUCGGACUUUCUCAGCAAGCAGAGUCUUCAGAAUGGCGGCAGUGCUGCCAUCUCUCUCAGCAAGGAACCCCAGUCGCUGUCGUCGUCCGUCAACGAGAGCACCAUCCGAAAGGCUCACUUUGAGAACAUUCGGGAGAUCUUCGAAAAGAAUAACAUCAAAAAUGCGCACAACAGCCGCGUCGGAACCGGUUCGGGAUCAGCCAUGGCCAAAAUCAACGGGUUGGUGGCGUCGACGCAUUCGGUUUCCUCUUCUUCCUCGUUGGGACAUGAAACUCCGGUGGCACAACAGACCGUCGGUGGCCUUCCCAUGGACGAUAAACCACCCAAGAUUCAGUCUUGUAGCGGAAUUCUCGGGAAGGGCAAACAGGUGAUCCGUCCCAUCGCAUUCAAACCAGUUCCUUACAAAUGUAACACACCAAAUUAUACCAGUAGUGGUACCACUACACCUGGCAACGGUGGCGGAGUCGCUGUAGGCGGUAGCACGUCCGGAGGACGUCUUACUGAUCUGGGCGAACGUUUCGGUUCAACGCCGUCCCUUGGAGCACCCCUCAGUAUUCCGUACAAGUUCGGCAGUACGACCGAUCUACACCACCACCAUCUUCACCACAGCCACGGUGGCCACCAUAGUCUGAAUCUCCAUGCAAGGGGAGUCAGUACUCCCAGUGCCGUUGCCAGCGGUCCAUCCAGUGGGUCCUACUCGCAACACUACGGAUCGCUGCAGCGGAAGAGUUCAGCGAUACCGUUUAAGACGUACGAUAGCUUGGAGUCGAUCCUGAAGUUGCCGGAUAGUAUGAUCGCGUCCUAUCCGAAUCCCAGUACUAGCCAAUCGGCGAGCCUCUACGCCCCGCACGAUCUCCUGGACAUGGCUCCGUCCCCGUCGGAUUCGGGUAUCUCCGAGCUGGAAGCGGCCCUGCGCGAUCGCGACUCCGAACUGGCCUACCUCAGGCAAACCAUGGAGCACAAUGAGCAAGUAAUAUUCAAAGUUCAUCAGGACAAAGAGAAACACUGGGAGCAGGAGCUGAAUCGGCUCAAGUCGAUUCACGAAAGUCGGCUCCGGGCCGGGGCGCAGAAGGUUCACAAGCUGGAGCAGCUGCUGAUGAUGCAGACCUUCCAGCUGCGACAGGACAAGAAGCGUCUCCAGGAGGACAUCAACCGGCUGCACUCGGACUUUGCCCUGACCAAGGAACAAGCGGAAAACCAAAAGACGGAAAUCUGUCACCUGAAGCUGGGCGAGAAGGAUCUCAAGGAGCAGAACGCCGACCUGAUGGACGAGAUCCAGAUGCUGCGGCGGGUGGUCAGUGAUCUGAAGGAACGGCUCGAGGAGAGCGAGUGGAGUCUUUGCCAACGAAAUGGCGAGGUGGCUCUGAUGAAGUCGCAGCUGAAGGAUUCUCAGGCGGAGGUUACAACUAAGGAUCAGGAGAUUCUACAAUUACGAUCGGAUAUCAAACUGCAAAACUUCGACGACAUCAGUUUGAAAAAGUCUGAGAUAACAAAAGAGCUAGAUUUCGAUUUGGAGAUUUCCCAGCUGAACCGAAUCAUCAUCUUUAAGGACCAAAUCAUCGUGGUGAUGAACAACGAAAUCCAGAAGUUACGCAAGGAACUGUCUGACAUUUCGAUAAUGCGAGGCUACGAGGGAGUACCGCCCGGACGAUACUCACGCUACAAAAAGAAGUUGGAGUACAUGGCACAAAAGUUCGAGGAAUCCUCAACCAAAAGUGACACCAACAACAAUCUCAAGGCGCCCGCAGAACUUGUCCCCACCGAAAAGUCCACCGACCCCGACAAUCCGGAUCCAGUGAAGAAGUCGGACCUUUCGAGUAGUGACAUCAUCCGAAACUACUUCAACAACAAGAUGGAGCUAAACAAGAAGCUGUUCCUCAACACCCAGAUCUGCAACUACUCGGACGAGGACAAGUCCAGCAUCAUCGAGAACUACAACGCCAAACAGCACUUACCGGACAUCACGUUAGACCUGAGCAGUAUCGUCUCCCCGCCGGCCAAGCCCAAGCCGCACGAUCCUCCUCCGCCGGCCUACAAUCAGAGUUCGUCCUCUCCGUCCUCGGACGAUGACUACAAAUCCAUGACUCCCACUCGCGACCAGGAAGACGACGACGGGGACGAAGAAGCGGAAGUACGGGCCCUCACGGAUAAGGCCGCUCCCGCGGUUCCCUCAACAGAAGCCCCUACCGGCUGUGAUAGGAAACCGAGCAAGGACCUUCAGAUAGCCCAGCUUCGCAAGGAGCUGGACCACUCCAGGGCCGAGUUCGAGCAGGAGCGGCACAAGUGGGCCGAUGAAAAGGAGAAGGUUCUAAUCUACCAGCGCCAGCUGCAGCAGAACUACGUAGAGAUGUGCAAACGGACGGCUCAGCUAGAGGAAAAGCUGAAAACGCUGGAGAAGCGUCAGUGAGCGAAUUCUUGCCCGGACUCUCGAAACCGAGAGUCCACUCUAGCGUUUAAGAUACUUAAAGACAGAUUUCGUUGAAUUGCAUUUUUUCGAUAGUUUCUCCCUGUGUCCCUUUCCUAUUGUAUUAUUAUUUACCGAAGUAGUACUAUCAUGUAUUUAAGAUAAUCACCAAGAAAAGUCUGACUACUAGAACGGACAUUCAAACUUCCCGCACAAACUCGAUUUCUCUCUUAUAUGCUAGUUGAAUUCGAAACGAAAAAAUCGUACUUAAUAUUUCUUCAAGUGUUAUUAGAGUGAAUCUAGGAUGAAUUUUUAUUUUGUGUCUACUCUUACUGUGUUUAUUAAUAAUAUUUGUCGCUAAACUGUU